GCGCGGCCGGGUUGGGCCCGGCGCGGUUUUUGGGGAUUUUCGGGGUCCCGCCGCCCCCAACCCGUCCCGUUCUGUCCCCCCGCAGGUGCCCAAGGCCCGGAGCCGCCAUGGGUCGCCGGCCGGCGCGAUGUUAUCGCUACUGCAAGAACAAACCCUACCCCAAAUCUCGAUUCUGCCGGGGGGUCCCUGACCCAAAAAUCCGAAUUUUCGAUUUGGGAAGGAAAAAAGCCAAAGUUGAUGAAUUCCCCCUGUGCGGGCACAUGGUGUCGGACGAGUACGAACAGCUCAGCUCCGAGGCGCUGGAGGCGGCGCGGAUCUGCGCUAACAAGUUCAUGGUGAAGAGCUGUGGCAAGGACGGGUUCCACAUCCGCGUGCGCCUGCACCCCUUCCACGUCAUCCGCAUCAACAAAAUGUUAUCCUGCGCCGGCGCCGACAGGCUGCAGACGGGCAUGCGUGGAGCCUUCGGGAAGCCGCAGGGCACGGUGGCUCGGGUUCACAUCGGCCAGGUGAUCAUGUCCAUCCGCACCAAGGCCCAGAACAAGGAGCACGUGGUGGAGGCGCUCAGGAGGGCAAAGUUCAAAUUCCCCGGGCGCCAAAAGAUCCACAUCUCCAAGAAAUGGGGGUUCACCAAGUUCAACGCCGACGCUUUCGAGGAGAUGGUGGCCCAGAAACGCCUCAUCCCCGACGGCUGCGGCGUCAAAUACGUCCCGGCCCGGGGUCCCCUGGAUCGCUGGAGGGCUCUGCACGCCUGAGACCCCCCAGAUCCUCCCCAAAAUACCCCGGGACCCCCCCUAAAUCCGCGGGGAACCCCCAAAAUCCGCGGGGAACCCGAGGACGUGGAGGGGCCCGGGUGGCUUUGGGGGGCUCGGUGGAAUUAAAGGUUUUUGUUCCUUGG